AUGAAUAACGACGAUGAACUUGAUUCUAAAUUAUCAACCUUGAUGGAUAUGUUUCCAACUAUUUCCAAAUCCAUAUUACAAGUGCAUUUACUUGAGAAUAAUAAUAAUUUGGAAUUGACUAUAGGCCUCCUGCUAAAGGAAAACGAUGAAAAAUCUGCUGCUGAUGACGAGCUACACCAACUCUACGAUAUGUUUCCCCAGCUGGAUACCAAUCUAAUAAAAAGUCAGUUUGCAGCUAAUGGGAAAUCCGUAGAAUCAACCAUUUCGGAGCUCUUGAAUUAUGAAGUCCUACAAAAACUCAGGGAAAACCAGGAAAUAAUCCCUGAAAGCGUAGAGCAAAGUGGAAGGGAAAGUAACUGGAAGUCGACAAACAACCAUAUAGAGACUAUAAUAAAGUUUACCGAUGCUCCUAAAAGCGUUGCACAAAAAUACUUCGUUGAAGGCGGUUUUGAUCCGGUAAGGGCUAUUAUCAAGAUUAUAUUGGAUUAUUAUGACAAAAAUGACUUCCCAAAAAAUUCGAUCACUGUUAAGGCCAAAAAAAGGCCUACUGCUACUGUAAGAGGCGGCCGGGUUCAAUCAUCAAUAGGACUCGCCCAUGUGCUAAAGAAGAGUGAAAGUCUAACAAAAGCAGGUGGGAAAAGCACCAAAAGACCGAGAACCUAUAAACACUGCCUGAAUAGCCCGCAGAUGAUUGAACUAAAUGAAUUGAUAGCAGGAAAUCACGCCCUCAAAGUUAUAAACCAUGAGUUCUUGCAAAAAUGCCUGCAGUUCUACGAUGGCGAUGUCAUGAAAGUAUUAGACCUAUCAUCCUUACUGCUUAAAGAUGAUAAGAGUAUAACCAAGACUUGGAACCUUGAUGAAGGCUUCACUUUGACAUCGCAAAAUAACUGUAAGCAACAUGUAGUCAAGUCCUCAAUACCGCCAGCCUUCCACAAAAAUAGAGUAAGCAGUCUUUAUGAAUCACCAUCCCAAAACAACGAAACACAUGAAGGAACCGCCUCGAUCAUAGAAAACAUGUUCCAAACAUAUCGGCUAGAUUUCCAUGGCUUUCUACCCAACGAGGCGGUUUCGACCUUGAAUAUUGCAUUGAAUAAAUGGUGGUCUAAGGAGGUGGCAGAACGAGAGUUAAACUCUCACAAUAUUAAUGCAUAUGGCUCGAAAGUACAGUUUGUAAGUCCGUUAGUGGUCGUAACUGGUAGAGGUAUUCACAGUGUCGGCGGGAUCUCGAAGGUUCGAAUACAGGUUAAAAAAUUUCUAGAAAGGAAUUACUACAUAUUUUGGGAAGAGUCUUCUUUCUUUAGAAUCGAGGGAAAGAAGAGGAAAUAG